AUGCUUUCAUUUUUCCAAACGCCAGAACUGCACUGGGUUGACGGAGCAGCUGUGUCCAAAGAAGAAAGCUCGGAGUUCUGUUUGAGGCAGCAGCUAGUGAAGGAUGAAAUCCGAAUGAUCCAGUCAAUGUGUAGCGCGGCUCCAAACUUCUAA